AGCUUCACCAAUGCCAUGACAAAGAACAUAGUGGCAAUGCUCGUCUGGCUCGUCCUCAACGUCAUUAACGGCACCAUGGUGUACACCUUCAUGAAACACAGGUUUUUCUACGAGGACCCGCGCUACAUCAUGUUUAUCUGCAUGGUGGUGAACGACGCCAUGCAGCUCAGCCUGGUGACCACCCUGUACGUGGUGAGCUACAUCUUCAGACAGAUCCACGCCAGCGUCUGCUGCAUCCUGGUGAUGACUGCGGUGCUCACCACUCGCUCCACCCCUCUCAUCCUGGCGGGCAUGUCGGUGGAGCGCUACCUCUCCAUCUGCUACCCCAUGCACUACGGCCACAUCUGCACCGUGCGCCGCACCUUCCUCCUCAUCUGGGUCAUCCUUCUCCUCGCGGCGGCACCCCCGCUCACCGACCUCUUCAUCACCCUGGCCAAGGAGCCGCCAGAGUUCUUCUCCUCGUCCAUGUUCUGCGACCACUCGCUGCUCUUCAGGGACCGCUCCAUCUACUACAAGAACUGCGUGUUUGACGGCAGCUACCUGUCCUUUGUGGCACUGACGCUGCUGUACACCUACUGUAAGAUCAUGAUGGCCGCCCAGGCCGCCUCCACCACGCUGGCGUCCGUCAAGCGGGCGCGCAACACCGUGCUGCUGCACGGAGCGCAGCUGAUGCUGUGCCUGCUAGCGUUCGUGGUUCCUUCGCUGCAGGCGUCGCUGAUCACUCAGUUCCCCCACCUGAGCCUGGAGAUCCGCUACGUCUUCUUCCUGCUCGUCUACAUCAUACCCCGGUUCCUCAGCCCCAUCAUCUAUGGCUUCCGGGACGAGAACUUCAGAAGGUACUGGAUCCGCUACCUCACCUGUCGGACAGGAAGAGCUGGCAGAGUCCGGCCCCUGCCCAUCAAGGUCACCCCCAAGGUCAAGUAA